CCUCAUUUGUCAACAUAUUUUGACAACUUAAGAAAAUCUCUGGAUUUAGGGGCUCUUUUGAGUUUUGACGAAAGAAAAUAGCAAAAUUAAAGGGUUCUUUUAAUAAAUCCUUAAUAAUUUGAAUUAGCAACAAUGUUACCGACCUUAAGAACAAUUGCAAAUGGCCUGGGACGAUCUUUGGGGCUUAGAAGCCUGCAAACGACGGCCAGCCUACAAAGUGAUGCCCUCUUUGUUCAUAGAGACAGUCCCGAAGACAAUCCAGAUAUUCCUUUUGAAUUUACCCCAGAAAAUAAAAAGAGGGUUGAGGCAAUUAUGGCAAUUUAUCCAGAAGGUCACAAAAGAGCUGCCAUGAUCCCUUUGUUGGAUUUGGCUCAGAGACAGUAUGGGUGGUUGCCAAUUUCUGCAAUGCACCAUGUAGCUGAGAUUCUUAACUUACCAAGGAUGAGAGUGUAUGAAGUUGCCACAUUUUAUACUAUGUUCAUGCGGAAACCGACUGGAAAGUACCAUAUCCAAGUAUGCACUACAACUCCAUGUUGGUUAAGAGGAUCAGAUGAAAUCAUGGACUGCAUCAAGAAAGAAUUAAAUUUGGAGAUUGGAGAAACCAGUAAAGAUAAAAUGUUUACCCUAUCUGAAGUUGAAUGCUUAGGAGCAUGCGUAAAUGCCCCUAUGGUACAAAUUAAUGAUGAUUAUUAUGAGGAUUUGACUGUAAAUGACACAGAAGAGAUUUUAAAUGACCUCAGAGCUGGGAAGAAACCCAAGCCAGGUCCAAGGAGUGGAAGAUUUGCAUGUGAACCUCUGGGUGAACCCACUUCACUUAAAGGGGAACCCACACCAGCAGGUUUUGGAGUAAGAUCAGAUUUGUAAAGUGAAUCAAAUAGAAAAAUGUUUCAAGAAUACUGUAAUAUAAAUGUUAAUUUAUAAAAUUG